UGGUGGCAAUGACUGAGGGCCUCUAUCCCUAUCGUAAUGAGUUGCGAGUGUUGGAAGGAAGGAGACCCAAAGAGGGUAGCAGAGAGCUACCACCAGAGUUUGCGAAAGUAACUACCCCCUUAGUGGUCAGGGAAUAGAGGACGAGUAUGAGUCAACACCCGGACAAGUGGUAUGCCACCUACAUUGAGAGCGGCCUGCGGGAAGGUUUUAGGAUUGGCUUCCGAUAUGAGGACUGUGUCUGCACCUCAGUAAAAGCUAACAUGCACUCAGCGGUGACGAAUAGUGAGGUUAUUGACAGUUAUCUGGGAAAGGAACUUUCAAUGGGUCGGGUGCUUGGCCCCCUUGACCCACGAGUGGGGGCACAGAUGCAGGUUAGUCGGUUCGGUGUUAUCCCAAAGAACCACCAACCGGGAAAGUGGAGACUAAUUUUAGAUCUGUCACAUCCUGCGGGUGCGAGUGUGAACGAUGGUAUUGAACGGGAACUGUGUUCUUUAAAGUAUACCUCGGUGGACGAAGCAGUUCAAAGGUUUAGUGAAUUGGGAAAGGGGGCGCUGCUUGCAAAAUUGGAUAUUGAGAGUGCAUACAGGCUGAUCCCAGUUCACCCCGACGAUCGUCUGUUGUUGGGUAUGUCGUGGAAAGGGAACCUCUAUGCCGACGCUUCCCUGCCGUUCGGUUUAAGAUCGGCUCCCAAGAUUUUUAACGCCGUAGCAGAUGCUUUAAUGUGGAUUAUGGGCCAGCAGGGGACCCGAGCCAUUCACUAUUUGGACGACUAUUUAUUGUUUGGUGCCCCCAACACCCCUGAAUGCCAGCUGGCGCUUGCUCGGACGCUAGCUACCUGUGAUCGCUUAGGGGUCCCGAUCGCCAAGCACAAAACGGAAGGCCCUGCAUGCCAGUUAACCUUCUUGGGCAUUGAACUUGACACCCAAGCGGGGGUGGUGAGACUACCACCGGAAAAACUGAUGCGUUUACAGAGAGAAAUCCGAGGUUGGUCCGAACGUAAGGCUGGUUCCAAGCGAGAGUUACUCUCUCUGAUCGGUCAGCUGCAACAUGCGUGUUGUGUGGUAAAACCGGGAAGAUCAUUUUUGAGGAGAAUGAUUUCAUUGUCCACGGUAGCCAAAGAACUGCACCAUCUGAUUCGGUUGAAUUUGGGUUUCCGAUCGGACCUACAAUGGUGGGCUACCUUCUUACAAUCAUGGAACGGGGUCUCAGUUACAGGCCCACACCCAAGCCAAGCGUGGCAGGCAACCAUAACCUCGGACGCAUCAGGCAACUGGGGUGGUGGAUCCUUCUCUUCGGAGGGCCACUGGUUUCAGCUACAAUGGCCCUCUUCAUGGGCAACAGUUCAUAUAACUGUAAAAGAGCUUCUCCCAAUCAUAGUGAGCAUUGCGUUGUGGGGCAGAUCCUGGCACGGGUCUAGCGUACGUUGCAGAUGUGAUAAUGCGGCAGUGGUGGCCAUAAUUCGAUCAGGCACCUGCAAGGACGAUUUGGCUAUGCAUUUGUUGAGGUGUCUCUUUUUCUUCGUGGCCGCAUUUGACAUUAAACUGUGGAGUGUGCAUAUACCAGGGGUGUGCAACGGGGCAGCCGAUGCCCUUUCGAGAGAUAAUCAUACUUCCUUCCUGGUACAGGUCCCAUCGGCCAGGCGUCAAGCAGAUGUCAUCCCGCCAGAGAUGUUGGAGGUCCUGGUCACCAGACGCCCUGACUGGACGUCGCUAAGUUGGACAGAGCUUCUCAAAAGUAUUUCUCAAAAGGACUAGCUGAUUCCACACAGAGGACCUAUAGUUCGGGCCAGCGGCGCUAUCUGAGAUUCUGCAGAGAGAGUGGAGUCCAAGCAGUUCCUGCCUCGGAGCGCUCGUGUUGCCUCUUUGCGACCUACCUGGCCGAGGAAGGACUCACUCACAAGACUAUCAAAGUAUACCUUGCCGGGGUCAGAUUCCUGCACAUUGCGGAGAGCCAACCAGACCCUUUUGCAUCUGUGCUUCAUCGAUUGGAAUAUACCCUACGCGGUAUUAAGAGAUGCGAAGCUGCUAAGUGUCAGGGAAAAAGAGAAAGACUGCCCAUGUCCCCCCUCCUACUGAGGAAAAUGAAGGCAGUGUGGGACUCUUCCCCUGGUGGCCACGAUACGGUUAUGCUCUGGGCGGCUUGUUGCCUGGCCUUCUUUGGUUUUCUUCGUAUCGGGGAAAUGUCUGUACCCAGUGACGAUAAAUUUGACCCGUCGUGUCACUUGAUCGUCAGCGACAUAGCGAUUGACAACCCUAAGCUACCCACGGUGGUCCGGGUCACCAUCAAGCAAUCCAAAACAGACCCUUUUCGACGAGGCGUUGAUUUAUUUCUGGGUAAAACGGACUCUGAUUUGUGCCCAGUGCAGGCAAUACUGUCAUAUCUGCGGCUUCGGAGUCGGGCAGAAGGCUCCCUGUUCAAGUUUAAGGAUGGUCGUAUGCUGACCCGGUUACGGUUUGUAGAAGCCAUCCGGGCUGCUCUGUCGGCAGCAGGAGUAGAUGAGUCCAAGUACAACGGCCAUAGCUUCCGCAUUGGAGCGGCUACCACAGCAGCGGCUAAAGGUUUUGAGGAUUCGGCUAUCAAAACGCUGGGAAGAUGGCGGAGUGUGGCCUAUUUGGACUACAUAAGGACACCUAGAAGUCAGUUAGCAAAUUAUUCACGUUUAUUGUGUGCAUAAGGUCACAGUCACUGUCAAUAAUUAUCAUGAUGUGUAUGAUGUGGAGAGUCCAUGCAUCCCAGGGAGCGUACAGGUUGGGCUGAGGUGGCAUAGUUUGGGGGGCAGGCUGUGCCUUCCUUUGUGGGCUGGUUUGGGGGAUUCCCCUAACCUUCACCUAUACCACCUGGUCAUUUCCGGUGGAGGUGGGGGUUUCCGGUCCAGCACUUUAGCCAAAACUAACACUAUCCUUUUGAUAAGUGUGACUACGUCCUAGGCCUUAACGUUCUCUCAGGAGGACCGCAGCUUAUUAAGUGUGGUUUAAUGAUAGUUAGACCGGGUUAAUAAGGAGGACCGCACCGGUUUGCACAUGCGCAGAUCAUAUUCCUACCUCGUGUAUUCUACCGUGUCUUCAGGCUCGAACUGCUGUCGAUAUCAUCCCACCCACCCUCUCCGUCUUUAUGAGGCUUGCCUUUAAGGCAUGCCUUGUGGA